UUGUGUAUAGUAGUACUUUCGCAAUAAUAGCGAUAUGUUUAAUCCCAAGUGUUGUUUUUAGCUUAAUACUUCAAAGGUGUAAGCGUUGUCUUAUGUUUCCCCACAAAUGUCAUUGCGAGCAUUGAUUCAUUUCAGGGUUAUUGUUAAUAUGGUUAGCAAGCUAACUUCAACGUCCAAGUAAGUAGCUAGCUAUCGCUAACAAACGUAGGAUAGCUGGCAGGGUACCUAGCUCUUUAGAGGAAUUCUUAAAGUCUUUCUCAGACACAUGAAGUGCACAACGUAAUUAGAAAGCGAGAUCCCCCACUAACUGUAUUUAUUGUUAAAAUAGUCGUCGCUAAUAGGACUAGUUGUUUGGCCACAUAGUUUGGUGAACUUGCUAACAUUAGCUGGCUGACGAGGUUGUGCCUCUUUAAGAUUCAAGAGACACUAACGUCAAUUUGGAAGGGCAGGGUAAUCGAAAAACUGUUCUUUAACGCACUUUGACACCAGUAGGCUACUAUGCCUCCUCUGGCACUAGUGCUGGAGAAAACGAGUAAUAGUUUAAUACUUAAUAUGUGUCUGAGUCAAUACAACCAAUGUUGUUGGACCUGUUGGUUCGUCAAUUUGGUAUAAGAGAAGGCCGCAUAAUUGUACAUAACAGGCCAAGAUGGAUAGAUGUACUUAGCCCAGAAGUGAACAUUGGAGGCCUAUUUGAAUUGGAAUGCAAACACCUCCAAGUAGCCUAAAAAGGCAGAUUCAUUGAAGACUUUUCUUUAGUUGCGAUUAAUAGACAAGCAGGCAUCUUUAAAGGAUGAAUGUGGGCGUAGCUCACAGUGAGGUAAACCCCAAUACGAGGGUUAUGAACAGCCGUGGAAUUUGGCUGGCUUACAUGUUGCUGACUACUGUGUUGCACAUAGUGUUACUGAGUAUUCCAUUCUUCAGUGUGCCUGUUGUGUGGACCCUGACGAAUGUCAUCCAUAAUCUGAUAAUGUACCUGUUCUUGCACACGGUGAAAGGCACUCCAUUUGAAACACCUGACCAGGGAAAGGCCCGCCUACUCACACAUUGGGAACAGAUGGACUAUGGCAUCCAGUUCACUUCAUCUCGGAAGUUCCUCAGCAUCUCUCCUAUUGUACUGUACCUCCUGGCCAGCUUCUACACAAAGUAUGAUGCUACCCAUUUCCUGGUCAACACGGGCUCACUUCUGAGUGUGUUGCUUCCCAAGCUGCCACAGUUUCAUGGAGUGCGCAUAUUUGGAAUCAACAAAUAUUGACUAUGGAGAUGGGAUUUUCAGCUGUCAAAGUAGUUUUCUCACCUCAGGUUGACCGAGACCAAGGCAAAAUGGUAAAGGAAGAAGAUGGGAAAAAAUGGCUCGGAGAGCGAUUCUUUCAAGUUACCCCUGCAUUUAAGGACCAUACAUUUUCUUCUGUCAGCUGUGAAACACUGACCACCACCGAAUUGUCCUUGUUAAGAAUAUUGCAGAAAUGUCAGUGAUUUAUAUAAUAUACAAAAUACGAUUUUCAUGGCUAGCUUCCUGUAAAAGGUCAGCAGGAGUUACUUUAGAGAGCUAUGAUGUGAAGACUUGGACUGUUGUUGCUGAUAUUUUGUUUGAAAAUGAUUCAUAAAGAACUAUGAAAAUGUUUCAUGCUUUGAAGGGGAAAUGGGAUGACAGAUGUGUAGGCAGAUAGGGAUAGAUACAGUGCCUCUCACUGGCCACUUCCCACUUCUGAAUGUGUGCUACUGCAUUAUUUAUUUAUUAAAGUCAUUGAUUGCCUUACAUUCUCAUAUGCUAUUGUUGCCAUAACAAUAACUAUGCCAUAACAUUGUUGCGAUUAGCCCUUGUUAUGGUCACUUACUUUGACCAAAAAAAACAAGACCAGUUUAGAAUACAAGUUUAUCUGAGAAACAAGACAUGACCAAAUGUGUAUGAAGAAGCCAAACUGUCAAGCUGUAGGGAAAUGGUUGGUUACGCUUUUCUUGUAGAAGCAGGUGGUGUGAUAUGAAGUUGAAUGUGUAUUCCUCAGUUCUCUCAAAUAUAUUUGGCCUAGUGAAGUUUAUUGUUUAAGUACACACGUUCUCACAUAGGGGUCUUUUGAAUGUAGAAGUGUGCAACGAAUUUGAAACUGUGUCCUGUCUGAGUCAUAAUCUGUUUGAAAUUCUGUAGUGGGUGGCUCCCCACCAAUAUGUCUAAAAUGUUUUCAUUUGUUUCUGCACAAAUGGCAAAUAAAACUAAUGAAAAGAUUUGCAGGUCA